AUGACAGUGGGGACGAGGCAGAUCGAGCAGCAGAGCAGCCGCUGCGAGGAAUCCCUAGGGCGAGCGGAGGAACGGAAGGAGAAGAGCGAAGUUACGACGACGCGGCUCCCCAACUCGACUGCUGAUAGGAUUAGCAACCUUCCUUGCAAUGUGAUAGAGCGAAUUCUGGUCUUCUUACCGAUAAAAGCUGCAGUGCAAACCAGCAUCUUGUCCAGAAACUGGAGGCAUCGCUGGAGAAUUACUCCCCAACUUGUGUUCGAUGAGAGUUUUCGAAAUUGGCAUGAUGAGAACAAGCUAAUGGUGGACAUUUACGGGGCUCUGCUGCUUCAUGAUGGGCCAAUAACCAAGUUUGAGCUUGCAAUUCGUGGAUCGACAGUAGAAAGUUCACAGGUUGAUAGGCUGAUUCUUCACCUUUCAAGGAAAGUUGUAGGAAAUGAUGCAAUUCCCAUUAGCAGCUACUCCGCUGUGAAGUACGAGCUGGAUAUGGUUGCUUUGUUUGCUUCUCUACCUGCACUCCAGCAGCUGACUCUUGGAAUUCAAUUGCUGCUGGGUCAUGUCCCCUACCGACUUCCUGCAGCUCUGCAACGCUUGAAAGUCCUCGAAGUACCUCGUAUUCUGUUGGACAGUCUGCCACAGGCGCGGGUUCUUGUUUGUUUGAUCAUGAGUUCCCCAAACUUGCAAACGCUCACCAUUCGGAUUGAUCCUGAAGAUGGUGGCAGUUCGCCUUCAGACGUUAUUGCUAGCCUACGAAAUUUGUUGGAAGCAGAGGAUCGACCUGGAGUUUGCUGCCUUCAACAUCUUGAAGAGCUCCACAUUCAGGAUAGUCGUGGUACACGAGUCGAGUUGGACUUAGUGAGGUUCGUUCUGGCUACUGCUCCACAACUUCGCGGAGUGUCUAUUAAGCCUAACGUUAACUUGCCCUUCGAAGAAGGUAUGGAAUUCUUGAAAGAGGUGGCAUCAUACAAGCGUAUUUCCAGAGAAGCAGAGGUCACAUAUAUCGAUGAAUGA